ACUAGCUUUGUUUGGGGGGGGUGGAAGGAAGGAAGGAAACGGGGCCGUUCUGUUAGUAGACUCACAAGUAAUGACGUUGUUGUUAUUUUUGUUUAUUCUACUACAGAAAAGUUAAGUACACUAAGUUAACUAAAAAAAAUAAACACUGCUUCGUUUAAAAAAAAAUAAAAAAAUACAAGGUACUGAACUACGCCUACGUAUUGGUAUUGCGGGAAAAUGAACGUCGAUGCUCCGCAGGCAGCUACGACCGGCGGCGCAUCCUCCACCAACUGUUCCUCCGCGAACAGCAGCAGCAGCGGCAUGAUGAACAGCAGCAGCGCGGUGACAAACUCCGGCAGCGGUGCCGCUUCAGUCAGCAGCAACGUCCCAACGUCAGGUGCUUCUGCCCUGCCAUCAUCAGACACCUCAGUCUCAAAUGGUGUGUACGUACCUGGCGGUAUCGCUAACGGUGAUGUGAAGCCAGUGAUUUCCACGACACCACUGGCAGAUUUCCUCAUGCAGCUGGAAGAUUACACACCCACGAUCCCAGAUGCAGUGACAGGAUAUUAUCUGAACCGUGCUGGCUUUGAAGCAUCAGACCCCCGAAUAAUUCGCCUCAUCUCUCUUGCAGCUCAGAAAUUCAUCUCAGACAUUGCCAAUGAUGCUCUGCAGCACUGUAAAAUGAAGGGCACCGCUUCAGGCAGCUCCAGGAAUAAGACAAAGGACAAGAAGUAUACACUAACAAUGGAAGACUUGAGUCCAGCUCUCUCUGAGUAUGGAAUCAAUGUAAAGAAGCCUCAUUACUUCACCUGAGUGGGCGGCUCAUGCGUAGCUGCUUAUGUGUAGCUGCUUUUGCUUGGCCUCGUCACCAGCAUGGACCUCCCCGACUGCAGGAAAUGCUGUAUCCUCUUUGGCUUUUCUUUGUCAGUUUAUUUUCCCUUUGUGCAUAAAAGAUACCUUUUUUUGAAUCAAUAUGUGGAUUUUGUCAGUUGAAAAACUUGUUUUUAUUGAUGAAUAAACUCGUACUAAUUAAGG